GGUGUCUGCAACCUCAACUGAUUCAUUCAAGAAGGGUGUGGACAAGCACAGAAAUUUACUUGAGAAGGGUUAACAUAGGCUCAAAUUUUCCUAUCCUGAAUCAAUAAAUCUGUGUUCAUCACCAUGGUGAUUCGCACUUUUUCGAACGUGGACAUUACUGUUUCUUUUAAGUUAUUUUGUCCUCGUAUUUUAAUGCCAAAGAAUGCAGAAGUUCAUAUCUGGCACGGAAAAUACCCAGUGGCAGGUAUAUACAUGAACAGAGACCACCGCUUAAGGGGUUUGCAGGAACAGUUAUCAAAAGUAGGACACACCGCCUAUUUACAUGAACUAGAAGAUUUCAAUGAAAUAGUAGAAAUUGAAGUCAAUAAAGAAAUUGUUUUUCGCUGCAAGGUCUUGGAUUUUCAGUUUGGGAGCGAUGGUGAAUUGGAUCCACUGUGUAAAGCAGUUGUUGAUAGUGUGAAUAACGCUUAUUAACGUCUUAUCUGAAGUAGUGCAUAUAUGCAAGUUUCCACACUUGUAGUCAAGGCUACAAGA